GAGCAACGUUCUCUCCAUUCUCAACGGAUUCCAGCAGGAAACUGUACCUUGAAUCUUUCGCGAUCCGAAGAUAUGCUACACACGGUGUGAGCAGAUCACCCGGCAACUCGACAUAGAUCGGCACGCAAUUCCCUCUUUUCUCCUUGAGAAUGAUCUGCUCGACCGUCGCGAGCGAAGGGUGCGCCGGGAUUUUCUAGGAAGGUGAUAUGCUUAGCAGAAGACAUAAUAUGGAAUAUAGCAGUACACGGUACCUGUGGAUCCAUUGAAAGUGGCAGACGGCGCUCAAGAUCACUUCGAUCGAGUUUUCAGCCUUUGGCUUUUCCACAACUCUGACCGGACUCUGACACUGUCUGACUCGAGCUACUGGGUGCACCGACGAAAGCCUUGCGAUUUCAUCUUUUCCCGAUAUCCAGCUUUUAUAUCAGAUUCAGAAAGCGGAGCUUGUUCUAAAAACAACAUAGGAUCCUUGAUCAUCAUCUCAAAACCUGCAUCUGGAGCGCGUUUAUACGUCUUUAACUCAGACCUCAACGGGAUUCCGACAUCGGCGGGUGCUGCUCGCAGGGACCAUCUCUUGUUCUGUGACCAGGCUCUAUUGCCUUCACGAUGAUCACACCUCGAUUUUCAUGUACUCAGACGGAAGAAUCGGUCGUCGUGUCAAUAUAUUGUCCUUCGGUCCGGGCUUCAGAUGUAGAAAUAAAUGUGGAUGACACGCUAUUCACAAUUCACGUUAACCCGUACUUUCUGCGUCUGAACUUUUCGCAUGCCUUACUGGAGGAUGAUGCAUCGUCCGCACGGUAUGACCCUAGUACGGGCUAUUUCACCGUUACGCUCACGAAAGCAGUCAAGGGUCAGACAUUCGAGGACCUGGACUUGUUAGCAAAGUUGCUUGCCCCGCGUGCGUCUAAGGCCCAAGGACCCCUGAUCGAGGUACUGGAUUCUGAGCAAGCAUCCCAGAAUGACGAUGACGAACUGGCCAGUGCUACGGAGAGCUUGUCAUUAGAACAGCGAGAGAUUUUAGAAGCUGCGGAGAACGACUGGCAAGUGAAACAAGAGCUUCCCGAACCGGACACUUCCUUCAAGACAUCAAUAUCACGGAACUACGGAUUUCUGAAUCUGCAUAGUGGCUACUUUCGUCAUGUCGAACACGCAGAAAAUGAGGUCAAUGAGUUAGGCGCAAACGCCGAAACGGCUGGGCCGAGUGAAAGACGUGAACUGCGUCUCAACCACGAAGAACAGAAGUGGGACGAGGAGUACUAUAUGGCGGACUACGCCGACGACGAAUACAUCAAGGAUCUUAUUGCAUGGAAACAUCCACACACAACCUUGCCAAGCGAAUUUCAGUACAGUGAGGAGGAGAACCUCGCAAUGCUUCGGCUGCCUCGACGGGAAUAUCUUGCUUCUCGGGAGCAGACGAAGAAUCUCUACCUUACUUUACUCACUUUGUUGUUUUCGUAUGCAUACGAAUCGAGAACAACGCAAUGUGACCCAACGCCCGAAAGUGGUUGGACGCUGGGCACGCUCACACCCGCAUUCUCCGCCUUGGACCCGGCACCUUAUGGACCUAUAUCACCUGACCCAAAGUCGGUUUCUUCUGGCGAGCUCUUGGCGACAUUUGUGGCUUCAUACCGACGGGCGUUGACCUUUCCGUUAUAUCGCUCUUUCGCCCUUGCAGAAGCUUGUCGCUCCGAUGUCGUGGCAUUCUUGCGAAACGGAAAACGAACGGUCUUGCGGUGUCUGUUGGAAAUGAAGAACAUCCUAGAUCACCACGAUGUUUACUAUGUUUACAGCAAGAUAUGGCUUGACGAUUAUUGCGUAUGGAUCCAGUCUGCCAGUGAUGACAUCCUGCGAUCUUUGGCCGCUGAUAUCGCAGCAUUAAACAUUCCCAAAAACGUUCUUGGCUGGGACCUCGAGGAGCUCGAAGCUCUAACACACCAAACGUCCGGCAGAGAAAUCGACAGUGAUGACGAAGAUUCAGAGGACGAGAUCGAGCGCAUGCUGCCAGCUCCUUUGUGAGAUCCUGUUGUGUGUUGCUGAAAUUACAUAUUUCACAUGAUAUGGCUUCCUUGACCCAAAGCUGAGGUACCCACGGAAUUCAUAGCCGUUGAAAUUCGAAUACAAGGUUCACCGAAAAGGGUAGGUGUAUAAGCUCCUUGCCGGCGGUAUGUUGGACACGUCUCCGUGCCUCUCCCCAUGAAAAUGAAAUUUGCACGACGUA